AUGACUGGUAUCCCCACAGUCACAGCCAGACCAUGGACCCAACGACCAAGAGCAGAAAACUCAACCACGAAUCCCACCUACUUCUUCACUUUGUGCGCCCAACCAUUCCCCUCUACACCCCCAACCCACAUAACUAAUAAUAUCGAUGAUGAAGGAAUCGGCACCACAACCAACGGCCCCAACUGGAUCGGCUACCUAACCACAACCGAAAACGCCUCCUUAGUGCUUUCCUACAACCUCGCCGCGGGCGGUGCCACAAUCGACAAUGCCCUGGUUCCUGCAUACCCGGGUGACCUUGCAUCACAGUUCCGGCUAUUCGAGGAUGUGUAUGCUGAUAAGCCGGCCUCGGCACCCUGGAGUGCAGAGGAUGCGGUAUUUGGGGUGUGGAUUGGGAUUAAUGAGUAUAUUCUUCCUCCUCCUCCUCCUCCUCCUCCUCCUCCUCCUCCUCUUCUUCUUCAUUCCCCGGAUUGUCCAUAUACGGGAGGGGGGUGUUAUAUAGGAAACGCGUAUUACUCUACCGAUGCGGAGACAUACACACCCAAGUUAAUCUCCAGAUUGGAAAGUCUAGUGGAAGAGGUAUACAAGAACGGGGGCAGGAAAUUCCUGUUCCUGAAUGUGCCGCCGACGAGUCGCAGUCCGUUGUUUUUGGAGCAGGGAGAGGAGGUGGUGAAGCAGCAUGCGGAGUAUUUGAGUGUUUAUAAUGAGAAUUUGGAGGGAAUGGUGGAUGAUUUUACUAAGAAGAAGGGAGAUGUAACGACUGUCUUGUAUGACUCGUGGUCAUUCAUGACGAAGAUCCUGGAUGAUCCGACAGCGUAUGGAUUCCCCGAUGCGACGUGUAUCAAUGAUGAUGGGACGUCGUGUAUCUGGUGGAAUAAUUAUCAUCCCGGGAUGAAGUAUCAUCUUUUGCAGGCUGAGGAUAUGAAGCCGAAGUUGAGGAAGUUGGGAGGGUGGUAG